AUGGCGUCGAAGCAGAUGGAGGAGAUCCAGCGGAAGCUGGCGGUGCUGGCCUACCCGCGCGCCAGCGCGCCCGCGCAGUCCCUCCUCUUCGCCGGCGUCGAGCGCUACCGCCUCCUCGAGUGGCUCUUCUUCCGGCUGCUGGGCGACAGAUCGCCGUUCACCCAGCAGAACUGGCAGGUGGACAGCCUCGACCGCGACGAGGAGAACAGCAGGAUCCAGCACUUGGCGGAGAUCGCGAAUUUCCUCGGUAUCACGCCUUCGGUCGACACUGAGGCGAUUCAGAUCUCUGGUGUGUGGUCAGAAUUGCAAACUCAGAUUCAGCGAGUGUCAUCUUUUGUGGUGUUGCAGGGCAGAGGCAGCUACGACGAGCGGGUGGAGUUCCUCCGUCUAAUUGUUGACUUGGUGGAAGCUAGCUGCUAUGCCGACAAUCCAGAGUGGAGUGUUGAUGAGCAGUUGGCAAAGGAUGUACAACUUGUAGAUUCCAUUGCUGAGAAACAGGCGCAAAUUUUUUCGGAGGAGUGCAAGCUUUUUCCUGCAGAUGUUCAAAUACAAUCGAUUUAUCCCCUGCCUGAUAUAGCAGAACUAGAGUUGAAGCUCUCUGAGUAUACCAAAAAGAUGUCAAAUCUGCAACAGAUGGUGCAGGAGCUAGCCUCAAAGUAUGACUAUAAUCCGAAUGAAGACUAUGCCGAGACAGAGUUGAAGUUGAGGGAACAUUUGCAAUCUUUUCUCGAAACAGUAAAAUCCUUCAAUAUGAUAUACACUAAGGAAAUUCAUCCUUGGACCCACAUGAUGGAGGUGCCACAGUUGCAUGGGUUUGGUCCAGCUGCUAACCGCUUGUUAGAGGCUUAUAACACACUUCUAAAGUUCCUUGGAAAUCUGAGGAGCCUGCGAGAUUCAUAUACAGCAAUGGCAGCUGGGUCACUUUCAAAUUCAAGCGAGCCCUCAUCCGUCACAAAAAUCAUUUCAGACUGUGAAUCCGCGCUCACGUUCUUAAACAACAGCCUUGCCAUCCUUUCAACUUCCGUGGCACGGGAGCAGGGUGAAACACUCUGA